CUUGGAUGUAUGUACUAAUAUAAUUACUCUAAAUUUUGAACAUUGCUAUAUUAUAACAUGGCUACAAUAACGAGGUAAAUAUACCUAUAUUAGUAAAGGGCGUAAUGAUUAAAGGCCAGCGUUGAGGUCCUUCUUUGUUAAACUUGAAAAUUGCCUGUCCGGCAUGAAUGUACCUCUAUACCGGUAUCAAACCUACUACCUAUACGGCAUAUCGAUUAGAGAAAUGUGGGGGGUAUCAUUCAUCAUUCCCGCUCUGCAAGCCAUACGUUAGGUACACUAAGCCAAGUCCUUUGCCCUUAACACUAAGACCUUUCAGAGUCAUAGGUCACCACCUCGUUACCGUCACAGUAGCGCUACCUUCCUCCUUAUUUACCUGUAUGGAACCACAAUCGAUCUAGCGAAACCGGAACAUGCGAUGCCCAUCCCGGAGUAGGUAACAUGUGAGGGCGAGUUUCCCAGCUCAACUCCAAACGCAGACUCUUUCUCUCCCCAAAAACGAGAGCACCGCUUUCUUUCUUUCUUUCCUACUUCCUCUUGUAUAUCUUUCCCAAUUGUUGUAUCGUUCACUCUGGUAUGGAAUCGUCGGUAUGUUACCAUUCGCGGUGCAAGAUGCCACCAAAACCCUUCGGUUGACCUCCCGCCCGCGAGCCUCGAUUAUCUCGGCUCGGGUCCCUCUUUCGCCGUUACUCGCCUCGAGAUUGAUAACCGGCCGUAACAAUUCCAGUAGAACAAGCAAGCGGUGGUCGCACACAGCGAAAUGGAGACCGGUGCAGAUCCUAGAUGAAUGGGUUGUGAAGGAAGCUCGUCCCAUUAGCUUACGACAAUUGAUGGUAUUCGGCCGGUCACUGACCGAGGCGCGGCUGAUUAGCUCCGCGAACUAUGUUCGAACCGAACUCCCCACGAGAAUUGCCCACCGAAUCCGGGACAUGCAACGCUUGCCAUAUGUAGUUGUUACGAACCCGCAUAUCAGCGACGUGUAUGAGCUCUACUAUACCGCAUUCGACACGUUCCGGCGUAUCAGAGAGGUCAAGACGCUUGACGACAAUGAACACCUUUGUACAGAGAUCGCCAAGAUGCUACGCGCCCACUUGACUGUGAUCCCAAAGUUAGCCAUGGGUAUAAUUGAAUGUAGCGGGUUAAUGCCCGCAUCCGAGCUGGAUCACUUCAUGAAUACCAUCUUACGAUCCAGAAUAUCCCGUAGAGUGAUCGCAGAGCAACACCUCGCCCUGACUGAAACCUUUAACUCGCACUGGUUCUCGCCCGGAGCCAAGCUCUCCGAGUCCGACUUCAUCGGCGAGGUAUUCAUCAAGUGCGUAGCUAAGGACGUAAUCGAGCACUGCGCAAAAGCCGUCCAGGACCUCGCACGAUCUGCCAAUGGACCCGACACCAAGAUCCCCGAGAUCAAGAUCAACGGGCACAUGGACUCCUCGUUCCCGUAUAUCCUAAGCCACUUGGAAUAUAUCAUAGGCGAGCUCCUCCGGAACUCGGUCCAGGCCGUCAUUGAAAAGCAUCAGCAGAGCAAAGACCCCGCCUCAAACCCACCACCCAUUGAAGUGACCUUGUGUGAGGCGCAGCAGCACGUCAUCAUCCGCAUCUCGGACCAAGGCGGCGGCAUCCCGCGGGACAUUCUCCCGUAUCUAUGGUCCUUUGGCAAAGGACCUCUCAAGAACCAGCGCCUCGAGAAUCUCGGACAGGUCCCGCUCAUGGCAGCUACGCUGCAGGAGCUUAGAGUCGACGACGGGAGGCUGCAUGGGCUGCAGAGCGAGCGGUCAGGCCACGAUAGCUCGCUCUCUUCACUGUCCACCCGCCCACCUAACCUCCGCCUCGGGAUGGGUCUCCCGUUGAGUCGGGUGUACGCCGAGUACUGGGCUGGAAGCCUAGAAUUACAUAGUUUGGAAGGAUAUGGUGUAGACGCGUUCCUGCAGAUUUCGAAGCUGGGGAAUAAGAACGAACAGCUAGCUACGAGAGCAGCAAUGGACGCUGUUUAGUAGUGGGAAAGUUAGUAAAUGCAUAGCUGUAGGAUUAUGGGACUACAAGUAAUUAUAUCGACUAAAUCGAUGAGCUCAUAUGUAGCAUUAAAAACGCCAUAGGGUCUAGUUUGACCAAGGUUAAAAGUGUGCGGAUAGAGUCACAGGGUAAAAAAAAAGGCCCUGGUUUGCUUUACUG